GGCGCUCCCCGGGGAACGGCGCUGGGUCGGGCUGGGCGGCGCUGCCUCAGGACCUCCGGGUGCUGGUCUGCCAGCUGGCCGGCCCCCGCUGCUCCGCGAGGCUCGGGUGCGCCAGCAGGCGCGCGCGCGAGCUGGCGCGGGACGAGGCGGUCUGGCGCUGCUUCUGCGGCGCCCGCUGGGGCCGCGGGGCGAACCUCCACGCGUACCAGAGCGCCCGGGACCUGUACCUGGACGGCAACGGCUGGUUCCCGCGGAGCCGCGGGCAGGGCGCGUCCCCCGCCUUCGAGGUCCGGCGCGUGCGGCUGCACGCCUCCGCCUGCACGACCAUGGACCUGAGUUUCGCUGGCGACGAGGUUAUCGUCGUCUCGGAGGCCCCCCGAGAUGGCGGACCUGGCAGGCCCGUCGGCGUGCAGGUCGUGGACUACAGCACCGGAGAG